UUUUUUAACAAAAUCAGUCCUCGAUAGAUCACACGUCUAAUUCCGUAUGUAAAUUGCGCGAUUAGUAUUUUGUUCCGUCAAAUGUACGGUUUUUGAUGAUAUUGUUGAUAAGAGAAGUUUUUUUAAUGAUUGCAACUAGUUUUAGCAUUUGAUUUACUUGUAAAUGUGCGGCUUCAUCGAAUUGGCUCUCAUCGGCUGGUCACGUCGGCGUUUUAUUGAUCAUCAAAAGUUGUGCACGUCUCGCUGAAUAAAAUUUAAGGUUUUUAUGACGGAAAGUUAUAGACUGCAGUUUUACAAAUGGCGGAUAAGUCUUUGAUGAAGCAAAUUACCGAACAGAAGCUUAAAGCUUUUUCUAUUGGUACAAUGGGUAAACGACCAUUGAGUAAAAAAGAACUGGAGGAGCAACGUAAAAAAGAACAGGAGCAAGCAGCAGCCCAGGCAUUUGAAGAAUUUGUGGCAACAUUUCAAGAAACUCCUAGUAAGACAACUAGUAAGGUUUGGGUUAAAGCAGGAACAUACGAUGCAGGCAAAAGACAGGAGGACACAAGAGAAAAAGGAAAGAUUUACAAACCACAAUCCAAGCUCUCAGAACUUGUAGAUAAUAGAUCGUCAGCUGAACAAGCUCAAGAAUAUGCAAGAUUGCUUGGAUCGAAUGAACGAAAAUUAGACAGACUCGGCAAAAAGAAGAAAGAGGGUGAAAAGAAAAAAAGCAAUCUGGAAUUGUUCAAAGAAGAGCUGAGGAUGAUACAAGAGGAACGUGAGGAGAGGCAUAAGUACAAGGGUGUGGUGAAAACCGUGAUAUCCGCACAAUCCGAGGACCCGAUGUUGGCUGCUUUAAAAUGCGUGGAAGAUGGUUCCUUUGACAAUGGCGAUCCAAAUACUACAAAUCUAUACUUAGGAAAUUUAAAUCCAAAAAUCACAGAACAGCAACUGAUGGAAAUAUUCGGUAAAUAUGGUCCAUUGGCUAGUAUAAAAAUUAUGUGGCCACGCAGUGACGAAGAAAAAGCCAGACAAAGAAAUUGUGGGUUUGUUGCAUUCAUGAGUCGCAAGGACGGAGAGCGCGCAUUGAAAAAUCUUAAUGGUCGCGACAUAAUGCAAUACGAGAUGAAGCUGGGAUGGGGAAAGAGCGUGCCAAUUCCACCGUAUCCCAUUUACAUUCCACCUGCUUUGAUGGAAAUCACACAGCCACCACCUCCGUCUGGUCUUCCGUUCAACGCUCAGCCGCAUCGUCGCGACAGACACAAGAUACCACGUAUUCGCAACCCCCAGAGCGCGGACCCGCAGGAAAAGGAAAACUUUGAAAAGGUUUUGCAGAAUGCCGUUGUCAAAGUGGUUAUACCGACAGAAAGGAAUUUAGUUAUGUUGAUACAUAGAAUGGUAGAGUUUGUCAUUCGGGAAGGACCGAUGUUCGAAGCGAUGAUUAUGAACAGAGAACUAAAUAAUCCAAUGUUCAGGUUUUUGUUUGAAAAUUACUCUCCCGCACACACUUACUAUCGAUGGAAAUUGUACUCUAUUUUACAAGGAGACGGGCAGAAGGAAUGGCACACGGAAGAUUUUAGAAUGUUUAAAGGUGGAAGUGUGUGGAGACCACCGCCGAUCAAUCCCUGGACGCAGGGCAUGCCAGAUGAAUUAAUAGAGAUGGAAGAAAGACAAGAACCUAGAAGGGGUAGUCUUUCCAACAGUCAACGAGAUCGUUUAGAAGAUUUAUUGCGAAACAUAUCACCUGAAAGAAUAAAAGUUGCAGAAGCAAUGGUAUUUUGUAUAGAACAUGCGGAGGCAGCAGAGGAGAUUUGCGAUUGUAUUUCAGAGUCAUUGUCGAUUCUACAAACUCCUGUUAAUAAGAAAAUUGCAAGAUUGUAUUUGAUAUCUGACAUAUUACAUAAUUGUGGGGUCAAAGUGACCAAUGCCACUAUUUAUAGAAAAGCAUUCGAAACGCGUCUUUUAGAUAUUUUCAGUGAAGUUCAUCAAGCGUACAAACAGUUCGACAGUAGACUGAAAGCAGAAGGGUUCAAAGUUCGCGUUAUGCGAAUGUUCCGAGCGUGGGAAGAUUGGGCGGUGUAUCCGAGAGAUUUCUUAGUCAAGUUGCAGAAUACUUUUCUAGGACUUGUUUUGACGGACGAGCCAGAACCUGAGAACGACGAGGAUAUUGAUGGUGCACCAUUAUCUGAUGUUGAUGGUGACGGUACUGAGGAUUUGGAUGGAGUACCGCUUGACGGUGCCGCAUUGUUGAAAGGCGCAAUGAAACAUGGUCUUACACCUCAAACAACUUCAAAUUACGACGAUAUCGACGGAAUACCAAUGGAUGAAGAUCUUGACGGAGUUCCAAUGGAUGACGAUGACAGCUCAAACGCGCGAAAUAAAGACGAUGAGAAAAAGUCGACAAUCCCAGCUGGAUUUGUCCCAUCGCGAUGGGAAACCGUUGACCCUGAUCAGGUUGAGGCACAGGCAAUGACUACCAGUAAAUGGGAAGAGUUAGGUCACAAUGAAGAUUCUAAUUCUCAAGAUAACAGUAUGGAUUCUAGUGGUCGAGAUUACAACGAAGAAAGGCGGAACCGAUUACGUGAAAUUGAGGUGAAAAUUAUGCAAUAUCAAGAUGAAUUGGAAAGUGGCAGAAGAACAUUGAAAUCCGGCAUGACAAUACAAACACAAGUGGAGCAUUACAGAAAGAAACUUAUAAGAAAGAGCGAAAGAGAGAUGAAAGAUGCGAAAAGUGAAGAGCGAGACGAUGACAAGCGAAGAGAAAAAAAACGAAGUCGAAGCUUAACGCCGGAAUCUCCUAGUCAUAGCUACAGAGAUCGCAGACGAUCAACGAGUCCGUCUUCGAAAAGUUCAAGAUAUAGAUCGCGCAGCAGGUCACCUCGCUGCAAACGCAGAUCACGAUCACCUUAUAAAAAACGCGUACCUAUUACCCCGUCCCCUCCUCGUAUUCGACGUACGCCUUCGCCUUCCUUUUCCUCAAGCAGAGGUUCGCGCAGAUCACCUGCUAACGAACGCGAUAGGAAAAGACGUAGGUCACCUUCCUUGUCGCCGCCGCCGCCUCCUCGUACUUCCUCUAAACACAGAGCUAGCAGUCCUCCUUCACCCUCACGUAAACACAGACAUAAACACAAAUAUUAAACCUCACGGUACGCUUAUUAUAGAAAUAACUUUCCAGGAUAAUUGUGGGACGCUAGUUUUUAGACUGUACGUUUCUUAUUUCAAUAAGUUAUAGAUAUAAAUAAACUUUAGUGACACAUUGAACAUACGAAGAUUAAUCUUUUGACAAAUCUUUUCUUCUAAUACAGCUAAGAUUACCUUCAAAAGAUAUAUCGAGCAAUUGUCGCCUAUUUUCUUAUAUUGUAAAAUAUUUGUACUAUAUAACUUGCGCUAAAACGAUACGAUAAACUGAGACAGCGCAGUUCAGAAGUAUAUACAAAUCCAUAAUAAAAUCCCAUGUUUUAUUGCAUCAUUGAAAAUUGUUCUUACGUGUUUACGUACACACAUGGAUACGUACGUAUAAUGAUUCAAUAUCUUUCAAACAAUAUACACGUACUGGAGAUAUUAUGUAUAUAUAGUGAGUGAUAAGAUACAACAAUUAUAUAGAAAUAGUCUUCUUUAAAUUUACGUGACCUCUUGUGAAGGCACCUGAACCUACUUCAGAUCUUUAGUGAGGUAAUAUAUAAUAAUAUUAUAUACUGUAUGCGUAUUGAAAAUAUUGUUCUCUUGCAUUGUGAAUAUUUGAAUAAAACA